AUGAGCACGUCGGCGUCACCGUCGCCCACGAUCAUGGAGAGGCCGCAGGAGAGGCUGGAUGAGAAGGACGUGGAGAAGGCCGCCCCUUCCAUGCCUGCGCCUCAGGCGGCGCCUGCCCCCUCGCCCGCGACAGAAUCAACUGCGCCAGGACAAACGAGGAAAUUCGACUUCUGGUUCUUGCCCAUACCGAAACGAUUACGCUAUGAGCCUGAGCGAAAGGUCCACUUCGGGCUGCUUUUGAACAGCAUCUUUGGCUUCGCCAGUACAUUCAUUGUGGCGAACUUGUAUUACUGCCAGCCGAUCCUGAUUGAACUGGCUGCAUACUUCAACGUGGAUUAUGACCGCAUAGCCCGUGUCCCUACUUUGGUACAAGGAGGCUACGGCUGUGGUCUUCUACUCAUCGCACCCCUGGGAGACCUCGUUCCAAGAAGACCGUUGCUGCUUGGCACCAUCUUUAUCGCGUUCUCCCUCACAAUCGGUCUAGCCACCACAAAAUCCCUCGUCGCUUUCGAGGUCAUCACGUUUUUCGUCGGCAUGGCCAGUGUUGCACCUCAGAUCCUCAUCCCUCUUGCCGCGGACCUUGCGCCGCCCGAACGUCGCGCGUCAGCCAUGGCCCUCGUGCUCGGUGGACUCCUCUUCGGUGUUCUGCUCGCCCGCGUGCUGGCGGGUAUCAUCGCGCAAUUCUCAAGUUGGCGCAACGUGUACUACAUGGCACUCGGUGCACAAGUUGCCGUAUUCGGCGCUCUCUGGUCAACAUUGCCGGAUUAUCCAUCGAAGAAUCCGCACUUGACAUAUGUUCGCAUCAUGGGGAGCAUGGUUAAGCUCGCCGUCACGGAGCCGCGCCUGAUACAGGCAUGCAUAGUCAGCCUCGCGUCGUCUGUUGUCUUCACCUGCUAUUGGAUCAGUCUGACUUUCGUGCUCGGUGACCCACCUUACAGCUACUCGACACUCGUCAUCGGAUUGUUUGGUCUCAUAGGCGCCGUCGGAGUUAUGUUGUCACCUCUCGUCGGCCGCCUGGUCGACAAGAUGAUACCCUGGUAUUCUGCACUCUUCGCGACAAUCAUGUUGAUGCUUGUGAUGGCAAUCUACUGGGGUGCGGCGGGGCUGAACGUAGCUGCUGUGGUUGUUACUACGAUUGGCUUGGACGUGUUCCGACAGCUUCAGCAAGUCAGUCUGACGACAAGCGUGGUGAGCAUCAGCGCGCCGAUGCGUGCUCGGCUCAACAGCAUACUCAUUCUCGCGCUAUUUGUGGGACAAGUGACCGGCUCUGCUGUCUCUGCCGAGAUUUAUACAAGAUACGGUUGGCGCGCGAUCGGCGCGUUUAUGUUUGCAUUGUGCGCGUUCCAAAUCCCACUCCUACUCGUCCGUGGGCCACACACACAGCGCUAUACCUGGUUUGGCUACCAGGGCGGACUUGAGUUUCGAAAGAGUGUCGUGGCGGCGCGCGAGAAGGAGAGGGUGGAACAUGCUGAGGUGGAACGGGCGAGUGGAGCCGCUGCCGACAGCAAGCAGCCUCUGCCUGAAGAGACAGCUGCGCAAACCCAAACGGCCGCGGAUGAAAAACGUGACGACCCUUCCACGAGUGUAUGA